AUGACGUGCCGGCAAUGGAUCGUCUUCGAAGGUGUAUCAGCCCUUAUCCUUGAACUCUCCGUCGAGAUUAUGCUAAUCCUUCGAUUGUAUGCUUUGUACACCGGCAACAAGCCAAUCGCGCGUUUGAUGGUGAUACUGUUCGCGACGGAGGGUAUCGUGAUGCUCACAAUGCUCGGAAUCAGUAUUCCGAGAAUCAUGACUAGUGCAGGCUGUGUGGAGGCGGAUAUCCCUGUAGAACUAGUAGCUUACAGCAUUACGUCAAUUUUAUUCGAGACAUUCUUGUUCACGUUAACCAUACGACGAUAUCUACAAGCAAGGAAGGCAGGAUGGGGUAACAUCGACUUACUCGCCGUUCUAUUUCGCGAUGGUGCAUGGGCAUUCGCCGUUAUAUUCGGUUUGUCACGGGUGUAUCUGGCGGACAAAUCGGAUGCUAAUAGGAUCCCCGCAGCUGUAAUGGUCAUCAACACAGUUCUCUUUGCAUUGGGACCACGAACUUUGGCUGCAUUAGGAUUUCCGUGA